CAAAAUCAUUUUAUUUUUCUAGCUUAUUACCCCGCCAAUUGAAUCACAAUUGCGAUCACGUGCAGCCCCUCCACGACUCACUUCCCAGCCUUCCAACUUUCUGAGACAUCCUUUCUAUCAACCUUCACUUUGUCACAUUUCGCCUUUUGCUUGAGUUCUGAGCGAUUGGACAUAGGAGCGACGAUGUCGGGUGACAAUUCAGGUCUGGAUACGCCAGAGAGGCCGAGGCAUCUGUUACAUUUGGAGGCUAGCCAGGAGAUGCUUGCACAUGCGGGGGAGGAGGUUGUGAAUAGGGGGAAAGCGAUGUGGGCAGGAUUCUCGGACUUCGCACUUCAAGAUAAUGUCUUAGAAGUAGCUGUUGGUUUGAUAAUAGCAGCAGCCUUCACGACAGUGGUAACCAGUUUCGUCUCCGAGAUACUUCUCCCGCCGCUCUCCCUAAUCCCCGGCAUAAACCGCAACAUGGACUCCAAAUUUGCGAUCCUGCGGCGGGGACCCAACUUCAACAAAACCGAUGGAAUCGGGUACAACACCCUCGAGCAAGCUGCUGCUGAUGGAGCGGUGGUUAUGGCUUACGGAGCAUUUUUGAACAAGAUCGUAAAUUUCCUCGGCGUAGGAUUUGCGCUCUACGGCGUAGCGGUCGUGUACGAGAUGUUCAACCAAAGCGGUGAUCCCAUCAUCAAGCACAUGGUGAAGUGUAAAUACUGCCGCAAACGCAUCUCCGUCAAGGCGAAGAGAUGCGUGAACUGUACGAGCUGGCAGGACGGCCGCGAGGAGAAGAUUGCUGAAUCUGGGGAUCUGUUGCGCUGACUCGGCUCACUGUCACCUCGAUUCCACUUCCCUCCCUUCCAGGGACUCCAUCUCGCUGCGUUGAACUUGUACAUCUGUUGAUACUUAAUAUGGGAGGCUGCUUAUUUGCGUUACGUUGAUGCGUUGAGAAGAUACCACGGGGAGGUUGCUAGCAAUGAAGUUGAAUAUGCAUUGACCUUGGAUGGAGUACAUAACACGGAUACAAUAUAUAUUGAUUCCUACAUCCCCCACCCCAGUCUCUCCCCUUUUAUUUUCCUAAUUUUUUUUUAACACACACAGCCACGCUAGAACUCAAUCUUC